AUGGUGAGCGCGGAAAACGAAAAUAACGUCAAAAGUCCAGAAAAAGUCAAGAAAAAUAAAAAACGUGAAGAUAAUAGUGCGAUAACUGAAGAAAGUGAAACUAAAGGUUCCAAAACUAAAAACAAUACGGAAAAUAUUAAUGAAAAAGGUAAAAGUGAAAAAAAGCUCAAGAAAGAAAGUAAAAAAAAUAAAAACAAAGAGAAAACUAUAAAAAGUCACGAAAAUAAAGAUGGUACGAUAAUAUUGAACCCAACAGAGCAAAGACUUGUGGAUUUAAGCGAAUGCAGUACAGAGAAGCAUUACAAAAAGAGAGUUGUCUCUUUAAUGAAAGCGAUUAACGCGAGAUUACAUCGCAUUGAACGAGUCGAUAAGAAAAUGGCUGCUUUAAAAGGUGUAGGACCUGAUCCGAAGAAAAUGCUCUUACGAUCAGAAAUGUACUUUGAAAAAACAAAUAAUGAGGACAAACUAAAGUUAUUUAUGAAAACUCUGACAGAGGCGCAGAAGAAACUGAGUGAAUUUAACAAAGAUUCUGAAAAUGAAAACCCAAAAGUAGAAACUAAAGUGAAGACAAAUAAGAAACAAGAAGAGAAUAAAAUUGAAACUAAUAAAGAAUUAAUCAAAAAACAAGACGUGAAGAUAUGCGCCGAAGAAACUUCUCGGCCACCAAAAGCUAGUGAUCUCAACAAGGUGCAGAAUAAAAUAAAUGAAAAGGAACAACCUAAUAGAAAUAUAAUAAAAGAAGAUGUGAAAAUAAAACCUUUGGAACCCGUACUCAAAAUACCGAGCGCGAAGGAGUUCUGGAAGGUUUCGGAAAAGACGGAGGACGUUCAAGAUGACUCCAGCAGCAGUGAUGAUGAGGAAGAAGAAAAACCUAAGAAGAAACGUAAAAAGUUAUCAGCAGCAGAAAAAGCUGCCAAGGUAAGAGAAGAGGAGGAGAGAUUGAGAGAGAUGGAGAAGAGAGCGAUAGAGAGUGAGAGCUCUCCGCGCUCCAGCGAACAGUUUGAGAGAGCUCUCCUCGCGCAGCCUGACUGCGACGGAAAUAGAAAAAGCGAGGGCGGGGCUGUCGCUCGCAAGGCGCUGAACACAAUCAACUUCCGGGAGGAGGGGGAGAAACUGAACGUGUGGCUCGCACUACUCAACCUGGAGCAUCGCUUUGGAACUAAGGAAACCCAACAAAAAACCCUCGAAGAAGCGCUGCAAAUGAAUGACACGUACAGCAUACACUCGAAGCUACUGGAUAUUUUGGUGGAGACGAGCAAACAACAGGAACUGACGGCCUUAGUGGAGCUCAUGAUGAGGAAGUACAAGACCCUGGAGGCUUACGUGGCGUGUGGAGAAGCUUGUUACAAGGCGGGCAUGGUGGAGAAGGCGAGACACGUGAUGCAACGAGGAAUAGUCGUGUUGGAGAAGAAGGAACACGUAUCCAUGGUGGUGAAGUUCGCUGUGAUGGAGCGUGCGCGGGGAGUCCCCGAAGGUCGUGAGAGGUGCGAGGCGCUCCUGGAACAGAUGCUGGCCACCUACCCUCAGAGAGUGGACGUGGUGGGCGUCUACUGUGACAUGAUGUGCAAGGAUGGAGACGUGCAGAGAGUCAGACAACUCAUGGAACGAAUGACGUCACAGAAGAUGCCCGCGAGGAAGAUGAAGGUGUUGUACAAGAAGUGGAUAGAAGUAGAACAGAAGAUAGGAGACGAACAACACGUGGAGCUCGUACGGCAGAACGCAUUGAAGUUCUUAGACAAAGCCAAAUUCUGA